CGUGUUUGGGGUCUAAUUCUACCUCCAUGGUUUGAUGUUGUUUUCAUGGAGCAAUAAGAACACGAAAAACGACUGGCUCAGCUGAAAGGUCGAACUUUUUAUCAAGUUUCUUUCAAACGAAUUGACUUGUGGUAGUCAUUGCAUUCAUUGGUUUGCCUGUCAAAACAGAGGGGGUGCAUGGAUGGAGAUGGAAAUCGCCCGUAGUGUUGUCGUCGGAGGAUGUUCUAUGUUGAUGAGGACCAUGACGACGUUAAUGAUGCCGAUGACGACAGUGGUGACCCCUUCGUGCACUUCAUGACCUCGUUCUCGUUGAUGACAAGUAGUCUACACUGGUUACCCGAGCGGUAGCUCUCCCUCUGUGUGUAUGCACAGGGUUUUAACUCGCACACACACACUGUAACUUCACACUAUACCCUAGAUAUACCCACCCGGGCGACUCCACCAUCACCAUGCAGAAGGCUGUACGUUACGAGGAAUCCCAACUUCUGCAGCUUGCCACAAGGGCCAAGACGGACCACAUGAUCGCCGGUACACUGCAGAAAAAGAGCUCCGACACGGUCAAGUGGAAACAGCGUUUCUUUGCCCUGUAUCAAAAUCUACUUUUUUACUUUGAGAGCGACACCUCCCAGAGACCUGUUGGAUGGAUCUUCUUGGAGGGGUGUUACUGCGAGAGGUUGGCGUCCACCAGGAACAGCAAGGAGGAAAACAAGUACUGGUACAUCUCAAUUCACUACAGACAUGACUCCCAGAGGCAGUAUGAGUUACGAUGCGAAACGGAAGGAGAAUGCAACGCAUGGAUAGAUGCAAUUCAACAUUCCAGUUUCAAUACACUCCUACUGCAGAAGGAAGAACUGGAGCAGAAAUACCUACAUCUCCUCCAGAUCUUAGACAGUGAGAAGACUGCCAAGUUGAGUCUCCGUCAACAAUGUGAGGAACUCACUAAGGAAGUCAUAAGACUCAAAGCUGAGUUGAAUAUACUUCAGAAGAAGGAGAGAAAGCUUUCAAACUCAAUUCAUGAACACUUUUCAGAAGAGCCAGAGAAUAUCAAGAAAAUCAAGAGGGUACAGAGUUUCAUCAGAGGCUGGCUCUGCCGUCGUCGCUGGAAGGCUAUUGUCCAAGACUACAUCCGCUCCCCGCACGCAGAGAGCAUGCGCAAACGCAACAGCAUCGUGUUUGGUAUGGUGGAAUGCGAGCGGGAGUAUGUGGAGCAGCUAUCCACGCUGGUGUCCUGCUUCUUGCGUCCUCUCAAGAUGGCCGCCAGCUCCAAGAAGCCGUUGAUCUCUCAUGAGGAUGUCAACUCCGUGUUUCUCAACAGUGAAACUGUGUUUUUCCUUCACCAAAUUUUCUACAAAGGACUGAGUGCAAGAAUGGAACACUGGCCCAAACUAGUGCUAGGUGAUCUCUUCGACAUGCUGCUGCCAAUGUUGUGUAUAUACAAUGAGUACGUUAGGAAUCACCAUUACAGUCUACAGGUGCUGGCCGAGUGUAAACAGAAGAAUCCCAUGUUUAAUCAGCUACUGAAAUGCUACGAGGCUAAGCCGGUGUGCGAAGGCAGAUCCCUUGAGACAUUCCUCACCUACCCCAUGCACCAAGUGCCACGAUACAUCAUCACCUUACAUGAGCUGCUUGCCCACACACCCCAUGACCACGUUGAGCGUAAGAGUCUGGAAUAUGCCAAGAACAAAUUGGAGGAACUUUCACGAAUUAUGCACGACGAGGUGUCGGAGACGGAGAGCAUCCGUAAGAACCUGUCUAUUGAGCGGAUGAUCGUGGAAGGAUGUGAAAUACUGCUGGAUGUACAGCAGACGUUUGUCAGGCAAGGAACACUAAUCCAGGUGAUGCAAGAGAGGACCAGGGUGAGUCGUACCAGACUAGGGUCUUUAGGUGCCAAGGUAGACACUCGCAAGGAGGGGGUUCGGCAAUGUUUCCUCUUCACAAAACACCUACUGAUCACCAGCAGAACGUCUGGUGGGAAACUUCACUUGGCCAAGGUUGGAGGGAAGAUUCCACUGAUAGACACAGCAAUUGUGGAGGAUUUUGACCCAUUUGAUGAUGAAACCGCUCAGCCUCCUACGGCCGAUUAUGAUGGUCUAGAUUUCAAGCUGAUUGUAGAUUCCAAGAGUGGACCUCCAAUGAUCAUCACCCUGGUAGCACCAAGCCACCAAGACAAAGCUGCAUGGACCAGUGACAUCAGUCAGUGUAUUGACAACCUGCAUUACAACGGUUUGUUAGAUCCAAGUUUAGAGGAGAGCAGUUCAUCUAUCCAUCUCCCCCAGUGUAUCAAUAGAAGCCGUCACAAUUCGCAAAGCAGCCCAUGCAACUGUAACAGGUCUGAUUCUCGCCUCUUUAAAGACGACCACGACAUCCGGUUCAGUAAGAUCCUCAACUCCUGCAAGGUGCCGCAGAUCCGUUAUGCCACCCUAGAGCGUCUCUUAGAGAGGUUGACCGACCUGAGGUUCCUCAGUAUCGAUUUCCUCAACACCUUCUUGUUGACGUACGGGACGUUCACCUCCUGGCAAGAGAUCUUGGACACCUUGAAGCGAGUCUACCGUAAUCCUGAUACUGUGGAAGGACUUCUCAAUGUGCAUCCACCCUCUAGUCCCAAGCUGAACGAGGCUAACCAGCCAGUUAACAGUCCCCCACCAGCCAGCCCGAGCAUUGCCCGAUCAGCCAGACAUAGCAUCACCGUAACAUCCCCAGUGUCUGUAGAUAGCUCGAGUAGUAACCGUGAGUUCAUUGAUACAAACACUAAUGCCAGGAUGCACCCGUUCAGGAGAAGUUUUAAGAAAGCAUCGGAGAAGUCCAGCCAGGAGAAUGAAGUGCCGUCAACAGAUCUGACCACGCCCCCUGCCUCGCCCCCUUUCAAUAAUAAUGUGCUGACCCCUCCUCAGAGCCCUCGUAUCAUGGAGCACAUUCCAGUGGGGCUCUCCCCGAAGAGGAUUUUGUCCACGAGUCACUCCGCACCCAAUAUUGCCGCCCUGGCUAAGGGCAUCAAGACAGCUGAAAUCCCAAUCCCAACCUCCCCAAGAAGCUCAGUGGGUUCCCAUUUCCAGUUCGGCGGCUCACCACCAAACACUACGGUGUCGGCCGGUGUUGUAGUCACAUCUUCUCGACAGUCCACUCGCCGGUCAAGCUCCUCUUCGGCCAGUGCUGCCUUUGCAGCAGCCACUGCUGGAUGCAGCAACCCAAAAGAUGUCAUACCUGAGGCUAGGCCAAGGGGGCGGAGUAGAGCCUUCGGAAGAGGAAAGCUCCAAAGUUGUCUGAGUAAAGAGGUAAUAAGUUCAGCUGCUACAGUGAGAGUUAUCAACGUCAUACGUCACUGGGUCUCCAAGUUCAGUCAGGAUUUUGAGUCAAACGGUGAACUCAGGAACGCAGUGGUGGAAUUCCUGGAGGAAAUAGUCUCCAACCAGAAUCUCCUCCCUUCAGAGCACAAAGGAGCAGCGAAUAUUCUUAGGCAGCUGAUGCAAGAGGAAUCUACCAUCUCCCCUACAGUAGAAGACAUCAUUGGCUUCACUCCUAGCCACUAUACCAGUGAGGUCUCCUUCGAAGACUUCUCUGUAUUGGAGCUUGCUGAGCAGCUGACGUUCAUCGAGCACAAAAUCCUCAAAUCUAUUCCCCCGUGGGAGUUUCUGAACCAAGCUUGGAUGAAGCAGAGUAGUAAAGCAACGAGAGCGCCUCAUAUCCUAGCUGUAACCAAGAGAUUUAAUGAGGUCAGUAAGCUAGUAGCCUCGGAGAUCCUACGUCAGUCCACUGUCAUCGGCCGGGCAUCAGCCAUUGAGAAGUGGGCGGCAGUAGCUGAUAUCUGUCGCUGUGUGCAUAACUAUAACAGUGUCUUAGAGAUCACAUCAGCGCUGAUGAACAGCUCUGUGUACAGACUCAAGAAGGUCUGGGACAAGGUCCCAAAACAGACUAAAAGUAUGCUUGAAAAGCUGCAAGGGUUGGUGUCUUCAGAUGGACGCUUCAAAAACAUGCGAGAAGCCUUACAUAGAAUUGACCCGCCUGCUGUGCCGUACCUUGGCUUCUAUUUAACAGACUUGGCCUUUAUUGAAGAUGGUACGCCCAAUGUCACAGAUGAUGGUCUGAUCAACUUCUCAAAAAUGAGGAUGAUUGCUCAUGUGAUUCGAGAAAUUCGCCAUUUCCAGAAAACGUGCUUCACCAUUGAGCUGGACAAAAGGGUUGCAAACUACUUGCUGGACACCAAUCUAGUCAUGGACGACGAUGAACUCUAUGCCUUGUCUCUUGAGAUUGAACCUCGCCAAUCACAGAGAGUGUCUUCAAGCAUCUGAAGAGAUUAAAUGGAUUACCGCGGCAUCUGCCAAGAAGGAGGGUUUAGGAUUAAGAGAUCUACCAAAUAGGAGGAGAUUAGUGAGAGAAGCAAUCAGUGAAAUGUGUGCUCAUGUUCAGUGUUGAGGUAUAUCUGCCCCAUUGGCAAAGGUCUUCAAUCUUGAUGUGGAUCAAGUGGAUUAUGAGAUCAGUGGAAGAAGGGAUUAGCUGAGGAAGAUACGGCUGGAAACUGUAUGGUUUAUAUGUGCAAUAUAUCUUGCAUUUGAAAAUGAAAAUUUGAAAAGGAUAUUUGUGAAUGUUGAUAAUGAAUGUUCAGUUCACUGGAACCUUGUUCUGUCUCCAAUGCUGUUUUCAGUUCCAGUCCAGUUCAUGUUUAAGUUAAGAUGAUGCUGGUACAUUAUCUGAUUUGAGGAAGGGUUCUUGGGAUGAGUCCAGCUCCGGUUCUGGUUUGGUUUCAGUUCUGAUGAUGUUUAGACCAGGAAGACUCAGGAGAGUGCUUUGCUAUCUAGAACUAGUUUUGUUUGUAGGUCAGGUAAGAUCCUUUGGAACCUGUUUGGUUUUGUUUGUCGAUCAGGUAAGAUUUUCUGGAACUUGGUUCUAUUUGUAGUUCAGAUCAGAUUCUUUGGAACUUGGUUCUGAUUGUAGUUCAGGUAAGAUUCUUUUGAACCUAGUUCUGUUUUUAGUUCAGGUUAGAUUCUUUGGAACCUCGUUCUAUUUGUAGUUCAGGUUAGAUUCUUUGGAAUCUGUUUGUAGUUCAGGUAAGAUUUUUUGGAAUCUGUUUCUAUUUGUAGAUUAGGUAAGCUUCCUUGGAACAUUGUUCUAUUUGUAAUUCAGGGAAGGUUUCUUUAGAGCCUGGUUCCGAUUGUAGGUCAGGUAAGAUUCUUUGGAACCUAGUUCUGUUUUUAGUUCAGGUAAGAUUCUGUGGAACCUUGUUCUAUUUGUAGUUCAGGGAAGGGUUCUUUAGAGCCUGGUUCUGAUUGUAGGUCAGGUAAGAUUCUUUGGAACCUAGUUCUGUUUUUGGUUCAGGUAAGAUUCUUUGGAACCUUGUUCUAUUUGUAGUUCAGGGAAAGGUUCUUUAGAGCCUGGUUCUGAUUGUAGGUCAGGUAAGAUUCUUUUGAACCUGAUUGUUUUUGUAGUUCAGGUAAGGUUUCGUUGGAACCUGAUGCUACUUGUAGUUCAGGUAAGAAUCUUUGGAACCGCGUUCUAUUUGUAGUUCAAUUAAGGUUCUUUAGAGCCUGGUUAUAUUUGCAGUUCAGGUAAAAUUCUUUGGAACCUGGUUCUAUUUGUAAUUCGAUUAAGGUUCUUUAGAGCCUGGUUCUGAUUGUAGUCCAGGUAACAUUCUUUGUAACCUGGUUCUACUUGUAGUUCAGGUAAGAUUCUUGAGAACCUGGUUCUAUUUGUAGUUCAGGUAAGAUUCUUGAGAACCUGGUUCUAUUUGUAGUUCAGGUAAGAUUCUUGAGAACCUGGUUCUAUUUGUAGUUCAGGUAAGAUUCUUUGUACAACUCUGAUGGUGCUGGUAGAGUUAAGAACCAAUUCUACUUCACCCCCAUUCCAAUCUUAAUAUCAAAAUUCAGCUGAAAUUUAACACACAGUAGGCCAAAUGAAUUUAGGCAAGUUGAUGAUAAUGAGUAAGAUAAUCUACUGAUCAAUUAAGCUGAUUAUGUGGAGGAUUUGUUGCAAAAUGGAUUAGUCACUGGGCAGAGGCAAAAGGAACUACACAAGAGUUUGUCUGGAUUAGGAUAUUGACCCCAUUCACCUUACGUCAUCAUCAGAAUAAUCUUGGGUGCGCCGUUUUGGUGGUCAAUGUCAACGUGAUUUAUUCAGAGAAGUCCGCAUUAAGGCGACGCGGCGUUUACACAUGUUAACCUAUUGACCACCAACAUGGUGAGCGUGGCAACAGUCGUCGCUUGUGACGUGGUGCAAGUCUGUUGGUACUAUCCAUGCCAAGUAUAGUGUCAAGUGUCUAGUUUGGUCACACUCUCGUCUGAACCAUCUAAGGAUUAAUCUGAACUAUUUGGAUUAAUCAGCAGAUUAGUGAACUUGUCAGAUACAGAUCAGCGGAGCUGGACUAAUCAAUCAGGAGAGCCAAUCCAAGAGUUUCCCUGUCAGUAAUGUUUGUCGUUAGAAUGUUUGAUUGUUGAAAUUGCUGUGUAUUUUAUUGAUAUUUAAAAACAAUGUGAACAGGAUUUUUGCAAGUGCCAAUGUAUGUUGUUUUUGUAAAAAAAAACGUUGCCAACAAAUAAGAUGAUAGUUGUAAUAUUGUUAUGAAUGGUUGGCAAUUUGUUUUCGCCGUCAACCCUUCUUUUUUGAAGAAACGUAAAAAUAGUCAAGAAAGUUUUAGUUAUUGUUAGUUUUUUGUUCCAAAAAAUGGUGUCAUUCAAUUAAGGAAAGAUGCUUUUUUUUUCAAAAUUAUGCCCAAAUUACCUUGUUGCAAAUAUACAUGUGAGAAGUUGUUGUGAGGUUUGAAGAAAAGAGGUGUUCCAGUCACCAACCCCAUUAAUUAGUUCAUUUGAAAGGCCUUCAAGUAACCCAUUUCACAAAGAAAUACUUUCACAAAGGGUUACUAAUAAAGUGAGUCUUCGCUCAACAGGGCGUGAUAAUCUGUUUGGUUACUGUUUCCAUGGUAACUGUGGAUACAAACUAUAAACUACAGCACCCAGUUUAUACCGUUUAUCAAUGUGUUAUUUUUGUGUGUGGAAUGGUCUUAGCAUAUAUACAUGUAGAUGGUGACGUAUUUUUCAUCUUUCUUUCUUUUUUUUCAGACGGUAAGUUUAUAACUAAGAUAAAUUAUCUUUUCUAUCUUUCCAUUUGGAUGUAAAUAUGCUGCACAAUCAACCAUUGUGUGUGAAUGUAUGUACGGAAAAACUCAAAGAUUUCUAUUUGAAAAUUUAUUAACCACUUGUGAUGUGUGGUUUCUUAAGUAUUAAAGAAAAUGAUUGCAAAUUAGUCACGUAGUGUGAAGGGCAUUUAAAAUGUAUUGAUCCUUGCCCAGCUGAAACAUUAAAAACGUUCAGGUGCUUUGCUAACCAAAAUGUGUCGCGCAUUUUUCUGUGGAGUACAGUACGAAAAAUUAGUCAUCGAAAAACAAAGUACACUAAUGGAGUUGUUUUGGUAAACAGUUGAUCUUUUGUGUCAGCCCCAAACCUGAGGUUGAUAACCGAAGGUAGGCUUUGAUUGUGUUUGUAAAAAAUGCAGCUGUCGUUCAAAGAUUUUGCCUUCUCCUGAGGGCGCUGUUUGGAGCCUGUGACUUAUGCAAGGGUCUAUUACUCAAUCGGGUAAGUCACGCAUGGUCGUGCACAUGUGAGAUUUACAAUAAGAUUCAGUUGUAAACAGACCUUUGCCCAUGUGGAAAUUCUUGCCAGUUGAUGUGAAUAACAAAAAUUAUGAUAUGUUUUAUGUAACGUUUAACUCAAUCCAAGUCUAUGGUUAAAUAAUAUAGAAAGGAUACAGUCAUAUACAGUGAAAUUUUAUUUCAUUACCUAACAGUGGUCAGUUAAUCCAGGAUUGCUUUCACACGGGUUUAAUGCGAGAAAGUUUGUCUUGAGAUAACUAAGGAGGUGUGCUAUUCAUCCUGUGUGUGAAUGGCUCAGAGGAUCAGCUUUUGCCGUGCAAUUUUACAGGAGUUCAGAGCCUGAAAGCAACCAACCCUUAGCCACAUAAAUCCCUAUUGUUUGCGCACAAAUACAUAACAUGCUGCUCUUGAAUACAUAAUAUACAAACAUGGAGUCUAAUUGCCUUAAAACAGGAUUGAGUUACAUUUUAAUAAUCUAUGUUAAAAAAAGCUAAACAAGAUACACAUUUGUUUUAUGUCGUCAUAUUGUACUAAUCUUUAAAGAAAUAACUUGACCUUUGCAACUUCAUAAAAACCUUGCACAGAGAUCUCUUAUAGUGAAUUUUUAAUUGAAUACGGCAGCUUUAAAACUUUCACGGGUCAGUUUUUAUGCAAUGUUUAUUUUCCUCCGUAAGUUUAAAAUGAGACCCUGUAUUACCUAAGCUUUAAAACCAACUAGUGUCAUUAAAUAUUGAAACACCAUUGAGAGAACAAACCUUUACCAAAAUUUAAAUAAAAAUCUCAAAAUGAAAAAAAAAUUCUUAUUAUGUAGUGGGAGCCCAACAAAGUUUGCCUUUUCUUAAAAGUGCAAAUUAAUAAUAAAAUGCAAAACUUCAUCCUUUUGAAUGCUUAAAAUAAACACCUUAAAACGGGAACAGCCUAACUAAGAACAUUUUACUAAGAUUUGACAAAUUUGGGUGUCCGCAGUUGGAAAAAAACAGCCUGCCAUCACUGCACCCUACCUCAACCUUUCAAUGGCAACACAGCCAAAAACGCUGGUUUCCUAUAUUUCUGGGUAAAUUGAGGGGUUCCACUUCAAAGUUUGGGCUCUGCAAAAAUGAGUCACAAGGGGAAAACAAAAUUAACUUAUUGAGUUUUAUACAUAGCUGAAAAGAGCCAACAACAAGCUUCAGUUUGACAUAUCUUACACACUUGUGUGAUGUUUGGUUCAAAAGUUAUGACCUUUUAAAAAAUAGAUUAUGUCACAAUUUGAAAGCAACCCAUACUGGGGAAACAGUCGUUUCAUAAAAACAUCAACCAUUGAUGUCUAGGGGGUGAACAAAAAGUACAUGUUUUAUUCACCUUCAUGGAUCAAAAACAAUAGGUUUUUCGUUCACAAACUGUGAAAAUAUAGACCCUAAAGAAUCAUAAAAACCACAUUUAAAAAAAAAUUAAAUUGAUUUUUUGUUCAUCCUCCCAUCACUCUACAGCCCUGUCCUGGAAAGUGGGUUGUGCGACAAGCGACUCAUUUUUGCAGAGCCUGUCACAUACAUGGAUGUGAAUACAACAUGUCAUAUCUCAGCCUCAUUUUACACUCUCGUUGCAAAACAGCUUAUCUCUAUACAUGCUUUUCUUAAAACCGCUUUUUUCGAGUGGGGCGUUUUGCCAUCGAACGGCCGACCUGUCUUACACAUCAAAUCAUGACCGAACAGAUUUUGGUAUCUUAUGGUUAGUAAAUUCAUCAUUACUACUGCCAGAGAAACAAGGCAAUUUUCGCAGUUUCCAACAAAUUGGGUUCUGUAAUGUAAAUAAUUAUAAACAACUCUCAAAUUAUUGUAUUAUUUGAAAGAAAUUAAGAAAGAACUUUUUAAAUUACAUGAUAUCUUUUAUUCAAAAUAUAUUUAGCACCUUCAUAUUUACAUGGACUUUCUGCCUUGAGACAUGGUUGUGCACUUAGCAAUGUACAUAUAGAUUCUUGUUGUUUUAAAAGAUAGAACAGUUAUCCAUAACUUGGGUAAGAUUGGAUUUUAGACAGAAGAUAUAUGUUGAUAUUUAUAUUAUAUGCAUUUAUUGAAUUGUUCCUAACUCGUUUGAUUUGUCAUUUCUCUUGUGGUUCGGUUGGAUAUUUUUAAUUUUAAUUGCAAUUUUUUUUAUUGUGUUUUGUUGCCCGCUACCCAAUUCACCACAUAUGUUAUUUUUUGUUCACAGUAUUGAGAGGUGUAUCACAUUUACGUACCCCCAAACAAUUGAAGUGCAUCGAAUUCUUAAAGACAGUGGACACUAUUAAUAAUUGUCAAAGACCAGUCUUCUCACUUGGUGUAUCUCAACAUAUAC